CUUUUCAUUUUUAUCCCUAAAAAGGUGCCAUUUUUCCUGUUUUCUUUAUGGUCUUUACCAAAAUUACACACUUACCAUAAUUUUCAUUUAUGUCCACAAAUUGACCCUUCAAUUUCUUUUUUUUACUUCCAUCCUCCGGGUUUUGGCCCGAUUCUUCCCCGCCCAUGCCCAUGUUCCUUUUCCUUUCAUUUACACUGAAAAAUUACAAAUCACAAGCUACUCUUUUGUAUUUUUAUCAUUUCAUUUUUUUUCUUCAUUUUUCUCUCUACCAAAAAUUUCAACCAUAUCCAAAAAUGAACCCUUCUUUCUUCUCCAUCCCCAUAGACCCUCCUCCCCCGAUCCCUCCCCCGCCCAUCAUCCCCGUCGUGGCCAACCCAACGACGACAGUCACCGGUCUGCGGCCGAGUUUCAACCACCCUCCUUAUACAGACAUGAUAUGCGAGGCGAUUGGGGCUUUGAAAGAGAAGAACGGGUCCAGCAAAAGGGCUAUAGCUAAGUACAUAGAGUUAGGUUACAAAGACUUGCCACCGACACACUCGGCCUUGUUGACUCACCACUUGAAGCGCUUGAAAAACAACGGUCUUCUGGUUAUGGUCAAGAAAUCUUACAUGCUGGCUUCCACCGCUAGAUCUGAAGUUUCGCUUCUGGAUUCCACGCCGGUGAACCCUCCCGACGCUUCUCCUGGAUCCAAACGCCGUGGCCGGCCUCCCAAGUCCAAACCCACACUUGUUACUGCCGACCUCAACACUCAGCUGGCUGUUCCGCUUGCCGAUGGGUCUAAGGAAAGCCCCGGCAGGCCCACAACGAAUGGGCACGUUGGUCAACUUGGGGUUAGGAAGGGCCGGGGUCGUCCACCCAAAAGUGGGCCUAAGAAGAGUCCCGGUCGACCGAGGAAACCGAAGACGUUGAGGUCAGUGGUGGGGGCUAAUACAAUGAAAAAAGGCCGUGGACGGCCGCCUAAGGCCUUGAACCAGUUACCUCCACCGGCUAUUUUGCCGAUCCGGGGUCAACCCGUGGCUGUUCCUUAUGCUGAUGUUCCUGAUGCCAGUACUGCCAUUGUUGAUGUUCCUAAUUUACCAAAGCCCCGAGGCAGGCCCAAGGGCACAGCUGGAGUUGCCGGCGUUUUGGUCUCUGGAAAGCGGAGAGGUCGACCACCCAAGAUUGAUGGGAUCACUGCUAAACCCAUCAAGCCCAAGAACACAACUGGAAAGCCCUUGGGUCGCCCCAAAAAGACAACUGAUGAUGCUGAAUCAAAGGCGUUAACUGCUGCAUAUGGAGAUCUUAAGAGAAAACUUGAAUUCUUUCAAUCGAGAGUGAAGCAAGCGGUUGCAUUACUGAAGCCUCAGUUCACCAGUGAAAGCAACAUCAGUGCAAUUGACGCAAUCCAGGAGUUAGAAGGACUUGCAGCAAUGGACAUUAGCACAACUAAAGAGGAUGCUCAACUGCCGCCGCCGCCACCAGCACACCCACCGGUGCCACAGAAUGGAGGACAACUGCAUUAAUCCUUUCUUCAUGUAUGCUUAUCAAGGAGCUGUAGAAAUGUUCUGACCUAGACUAAAUAAUGAUAGUUCUGUAAAGGAUAGGAUGUUGCAGAAUCUAAUUGUUAUUGUUGUUUAAGUUUUUGUUUGUUGUUUGUGAAACUUUUUCAUGACUUUAAUUCUCUCAUUCCCUGUACUGAUUCCAAAGUUUUAAUGCAAAUUUGAGUUCAACUUUAACGGCAUUUCUACUGACCUGAACCUGGCAAUUGUUACUUGCUGCACAUCAAGAUUCAAGCAUCAAUUGCUUCUUUGCUUGGCAUGAUGUAAUUGUCACUAGACCUGUGCUUGGAAUUUCUAGAUUAGUUGUGACUUGUACAUCAUGGGAGAAGAAGGUGAGGUCAAAAUGCUAAUAGUCAAAGGUUGAGGAAAUUGAGAUUUCUUUAGGCUGCAUUCAAUUG